GAAGACUCCGGUCUGAAAACAGAUUGAAUACAGUGUGAAGCUAUUUUAAAAGUAGUAUUUCAUCUCGGGUUUGUUGCCCAGAGAUACAACUUUACUUUGUUUUUGACUAAUCUGUGACUUGUUGAUCAUGGCAUAUCUGAUCUGCCUGAGUUUCCUGACAACAGCCGUCAUCUCUCAGGUGAUUGCUAGCUGUCCAGCUGUGUGUGAGUGCCCCACAGAGCCCCUGAUCUGCCCUCCAGGAGUGAGCACAGUGCCAGAUGGAUGUGGGUGCUGCAAGGUGUGUGCUGCACAGCUGAACCAAGACUGCAGCCCAAUGAGGCCUUGUGACCACCACAAAGGGCUGGAGUGUAAUUACGGCAAUGAUGUGACCAUGGCCUGGGGCGUCUGUCGAGCAAGAUCAGAGGGGCGCACUUGUGAGUACAAUGGCAGAAUCUACCAGAACAGCGAGAGUUUCCGUGCCGGCUGUAAACAUCAGUGUACUUGCAUCGACGGUGCCGUUGGCUGUGCUCCUCUCUGUAAUAACAAGCUGCCACCAGCCUCUCCAUCAUGCCCCUACCCAAGGCUGAUCAGGAUGUCAGGGCAGUGUUGCUUCAGUGUGGAUUGCAACAAGGGCACCUGGAAGCUACCAACAACACAUAAGGUGCCUCCACCAAAGCAACACCUGCCCAGACCUCAGAAACAUCCUGCCCUGCAGCAGCCUGGAAACAAGCUGCCCAAUGAGCUUACAGACUUUAAGGCUGAUGGCUGGGAGAGAGAGCAUGGCUACAAACACCUGCCAGUGUGGAACCAUCCAAAGAAGAAGAAAUGCCAAUUUCAGACCACAGACUGGUCCCAGUGCUCCCGCAGCUGUGGGAUUGGUGUGUCCUCCAGAAUCACCAACAAGAACCCUCAGUGUAAACUGAAGAGGGAGACCAGAAUCUGCACUGUACGGCCCUGUGACAGCCUGACUGUCCAAGUCAAGAGAGGAAAGAAGUGCUUCCCCAACCAAAAGGCCCCUGAGCCAGUCCGCCUGUCCUAUGGGGAGUGUCUGAGUGUCCGUCUUUACAGGCCAAACUACUGUGGCAUUUGUUCAGAUGGACGUUGCUGCUCUCCACGUCGCACACGCACUCUACCUGUGACUUUUGUCUGCCCGGAUGGCGAGCGUUUCCAGAGAUCGGCCAUGUUCAUCCAAUCAUGUAAAUGCAGUGAGGACUGUGGCCACUUAAAUGAGGUGGCGCUGCCUCCGCAGCACUGGAUGUAUGGAGACACGCAUAAGUUCAUUGACUAGAACUGAGGAAAACUUUUUUUGUAUUUUCAUGGGAUGAGGUCAGUUUCCGUGACAAAGGAAGACACUUCAAGACAAGGGGCUAUUUUUCUCAUCUGGCUCCAAGUGAACCCAGACCACACCAGACAUCAGGCAGGAAGAACUGCCUCGAUUUUAUUUGCAACCAUAAAAGCAACCGUUAUAUUAUUCUGUGACCAGGGAGGAAUUGUAGACUUGCCUGCUCCUGUUCAAACAGACAUGGGGCCUAAAUUAGAGCCCUGAAUCACCCCUUGACUUCCUCCUCUCUAAACUGAUUGAAGGUUGAAGGUGGAGGAUUUUAUUCAGAGACCCUCGGAUUAAACUGAGAGGAGAGACACUACAUAAGCAACAAAGCACUUUGUUUAGCACUGACACUUGGAGAAGAAUGAAAGCAGUACACAACAAUCCCCUCACCUGCAGAAUCAGCUGCAGUACGUUUUGGUGGAUGACCACAUAUCCCAUAGUGCACUGUAACAACUAAAUGACAGUGAGAGUGACUUUUAUAGCUGUAGGUAGAAACCUGACCAUCCACAGAGUACAAAUCAAAAUGAGUAUGAUAUGGACAAGCAGGAACUAAGGCUGUAAAACGUUAAGACAUGCUAUGUGGGGCUGACUGUGUGUUCAGCAAGGACUGGACCAAUUCAAAAUAUACAUCAUUUCUGCUUCCAGAAGAAAUGGGUCUUAAAAACUAUUUGAGAACCUAAUUUGGAUCUCUAAGAUUAGGUUUCUUUAUCUGGAUCCAAGUGUCACAUGUAUACCCUCCUGUGGAUUAAGACAAAACUGUGCUGCUGUCAAAUGUUUUUGUGGGUCCACACAUCUCAUGUAACUGCUUAGCUCAUGUUUCAUGAGGUUUUAUUUUGACACAACUAUUAAAAGUCACUAGCAAGUUAAAAGCAGCCAUCUGUUCGAAAACAAGAAGAUAGUGCCCUCUGCUUGUGAGAAAAAUUUACUACACCCAAGUUAGACAACACUAAGUUUGUAUUUUUUGUUGUGUAACUGUAGAGUUUGUGCAAUUUCUGAUGCACUUAAUAAUUUUAAAUGAAAAAAUAAACCCAGUACAUUUAA